ACACAGACUGGCAGCGGGCGGGAGCGGGAGCGGGAGCGCGGCGCACGCCCCGGGCCAGCCCAGCGCGCGAGCGAGCGGGCGAGUGUGCCGGGAAGGAGGAGGGCGGCGGGGAGGCGAGGCUGCUGGGGCGGAGGGAUCUGCGCAUCAAAGCGAACGAGGCGAGCAAAGUUUGGCUGGGGGUUGGCCUUUCCUUCCUGGAGGCGGCACCCAAACAGCUACCCCGUGCGGAAACCCAAACUUUCUUCUACCACUCCGAGUCUCGCGGCCGCCGCCUCCGACCCGCGCCUGGGGCCUCUCCUGCCCCGCGCCGCUGCUCUCCGCCCGCUCGCCUCCCCGCCGUCCUUCUUCCCGCCGUGGGAGCUGCUCGGGGCGCAGGGCGGCGCGCCGAGCCCCGCAGGCUGCAGCGCCGCGGCCCGGCCCGGAGCACCGGCAAGUUCACCGAGAGUUGAGGCGAAGUUUGGGUGGCCGCGGCCGGCUCCGGAGGAGCUCCCCUCUGCGCCCCCGGCAUCCCGCCGAGCCCAGCCCCGCCGGGGGCGCCCCUCGCCGCCCGCGCGCCCUUCCCAGCCAUGUCGUCCAUCCUGCCCUUCACGCCCCCGAUCGUGAAGCGCCUGCUGGGCUGGAAGAAGGGCGAGCAGAACGGGCAGGAGGAGAAGUGGUGUGAGAAGGCGGUCAAGAGUUUGGUCAAGAAGCUCAAGAAGACAGGGCAGCUGGACGAGCUGGAGAAGGCCAUCACCACGCAGAACGUCAACACCAAGUGCAUCACCAUCCCCAGGUCCUUGGAUGGCCGGCUGCAGGUGUCCCACCGGAAGGGGCUCCCCCAUGUCAUCUACUGCCGCCUAUGGCGAUGGCCCGACCUGCACAGCCACCACGAGCUUCGGGCCAUGGAGCUGUGUGAGUUCGCCUUUAACAUGAAGAAGGACGAGGUCUGCGUGAACCCCUACCACUACCAGAGGGUGGAGACCCCAGUUCUGCCCCCUGUGUUGGUGCCCCGCCACACGGAGAUCCCGGCCGAGUUCCCCCCGCUGGACGACUACAGCCACUCCAUCCCUGAAAACACUAACUUCCCCGCGGGCAUCGAGCCCCAGAGCAAUAUUCCAGAAACUCCACCCCCUGGCUACCUGAGUGAAGAUGGAGAGACCAGCGACCACCAGAUGAACCACAGCAUGGACGCAGGUUCUCCAAACCUAUCCCCGAAUCCGAUGUCCCCAGCACACAAUAACUUGGACCUGCAGCCCGUCACCUACUGUGAGCCGGCCUUCUGGUGCUCCAUCUCCUACUACGAGCUGAACCAGCGCGUCGGGGAGACGUUCCAUGCCUCGCAGCCGUCUAUGACAGUGGACGGCUUCACGGACCCCUCCAACUCGGAGCGCUUCUGCCUAGGGCUGCUCUCCAACGUCAACAGGAAUGCGGCGGUGGAGCUCACGCGGAGGCACAUCGGGCGAGGCGUGCGGCUCUACUACAUCGGAGGGGAGGUGUUUGCAGAGUGCCUCAGUGACAGCGCUAUCUUCGUCCAGUCCCCCAACUGUAACCAGCGCUAUGGCUGGCACCCAGCCACCGUCUGCAAGAUCCCACCAGGAUGCAACCUGAAGAUCUUCAACAACCAGGAGUUUGCCGCCCUCCUGGCUCAAUCCGUCAACCAGGGCUUCGAGGCCGUCUACCAGCUGACGCGCAUGUGCACCAUUCGCAUGAGCUUCGUCAAAGGCUGGGGAGCAGAAUACAGGAGACAGACAGUGACCAGCACCCCCUGCUGGAUUGAGCUGCACCUGAAUGGGCCUUUGCAGUGGCUUGACAAAGUCCUCACCCAGAUGGGCUCCCCGAGCAUCCGCUGCUCCAGUGUGUCUUAGAGACAUUGGGUGUGAAGGGGGAGGGUAAGGAGGGUGGGCUUGGGGGAGAUGGCUGUGUAGGAAGUGGAGAAAAUUGAAACUCAACUCACUAUUGUCAAGAAGAAAUUUUUCUCCCUCAACCAAAGCGGCACCAACCUGUUUCCAAAACACAGAGGCAAACCCAGAGAUGGAUUUUAUGAACAGUGCAUCUACAGAACAUUAUUUGCCCUUUGCAUUUAAAGGGCAAGAAAUGCGCUUCUACUCUGGUGGCUUGAGCGCACAGGUAGCAUUUUACCACCUGCCCCUUCCCCCAACCCCCUUCUUUUUAAAUGACAGCAAUCUAGGAUGUCACCAUCCAACAGGAAACGGGCCUCUGUUCAGGACUGGAGUGUGGACUUCACCUUGGGUAUUCUUCAUAGUGGAGAGCCUUCAGGCGAAUGAACAAACCUCAUGCCCUGGCCUCUGGCACUUUGGACAAAUGCCUCUUCAGCUGAGCACUCCCAAGCCCCAGGUGCUGGCAGACCCUGCAUCCGGGAGCCGGACUGACCUGGGGUGGGGAGGGGCUUGUCUGUCUCCUCCCCUCUCAGAGCACACUGAUUGGUGUGUGUUCUGAACACGCAUGCAGGGCCAGUGAGAGAAGUUGAUGAGACACCUCUUUAAAAAAAACCUUUAAAUUUGUCCUCUCACUUUGAAUAGUUGGAAGCAUCUGCUGAGACUCAGUGUGUAUCAAUGUAUAGUUUAUAUUAUCACUUUAAUCUCAGAGAUCUGAAUUACAUGAUGAUCACAUGAAGCAAGAGGCAGUUGUCGCAUGAUGGCAUUUGGGCUAAGGCAGCACUACACUGCGUGGGUCUCCAGUCAUCCUGAGAGCUCACUCCAUAUUCUCAUGCAUUCGGCUGUACUGGUUUAUGUAGUCAGUUGCAUUAAUUAAAUGAACUUUAUCAUAUGCUCCUGUAGAUGUUCCGUAUUUUAAAAAGGCAUCCUGAGUUGGUACAUUGACUAGGAAACCAGAUGCAACCCAGCAAGUUCUCUCCCAAGGUGAAGCUUUUCCAGGCUUUCUUGAGAAGACACCUGCCAGCACUUUUGGAGACUGAAAUUAACAGAAGCAUAUUCACCAGAAGGGAAACAUCUCCGGCCAACAUAGGCAAAUGAAAAGGGCUAUUAAAUUUUUUUUUACCCCUUUGAAAAUUGCAGGCUUGGUGCCAGGAGGUCUGUCAUCUUUUCCCUGGGAUACAAGAUUAUUGAGCUCAUGGUGGAGGAUCCUCAGUGACAAGUACAGCAGUUAUGUUGUGUAAUCAGUACGGCUCCCACUGGCAAUUAGUGAGACAACAAUUAUAAAUUAUUUCAACUGGAAAACAAAAAGCCCACCUCUGUUGCUGGCCUUCUGCAGAAUACAGCAGGCAGAGCUACCACGUGGAACUGGUACUUUGUUCUUUGUUACUGUUUUUCUAUGAGAUGACUUACCCUGUUUUUUUCUUGCAUGGAUGUCUACCAGGAAAAAUAAAGGGAUUUCCUAUGGAAGUCCUGUCUUAUUCUAGGUGACGAGGAGAAAGUAUAUGCUUUUGGUAGGUAUGAGCCUCGACUGUGAUGACAUCUCUGAUGCUCUGUGACACUGGGGCUUCUUGGCGCCUCACCUGUGGGAUCCUACACCUCUGAAGCUCAGGCCUUGAGGUGUCUGAGUAGGCAAGCUGCUCUCCAAGCCUCCCAAGGACACGGGAAGGAAUGGGACAAGGACCUCACCAGACCUGUGCUAUUCUCACAGGGCAGUUGACAGAGAACCCAGACAACGCAACACCCCUCUCCACCCGAGGGUCAAAUGCUGCGGGUCAGAAACUUGUGCCAGGUGUAAAAUGAUUUGUACACCGCUGCUUACAGAUACAGAAAACUGUCUGAACCUCCUGACGUGCACUUAUGCUUCCAGUCAGGUCUGAGACUCAUGGUAUGAAUACUUCAUUUUGGCCUCUCUGCUGGAAAUGCCACCUCCCGCAAAGCCCUGGGCAGCGGCUUCUGAGGGCGUGCAGUCUCCACCUGCUACCUGACCCCCAGCACAGCUUCCUGUGGCACCAGCUGUCCACAGGUACUUGGGCACUAGCUCCGGGUACACCCGUUUUGACUAUCCAGUAGUCAUGCUGGGCUACGUGUGGACAGCUUUAUGGAGCCCUCAAGGCUCAGAGCGGAAGGCUGCUUCUAGGAGGCAUGAAGUGUUCUGUGUUUUCCCAGAAGCUACCUACUUGGUCCUUCUCCUCUGCAGACUACACUGCUGGAGAUGUGUGAGGAAAUGUUGGUAAGCCCACCUUUGGCAGCACUGAAAAUAAGUUUGGUAGUACCUGGAUGUUAGGACUUGGUGCUGUUACCAUCAUGGAAGCUACGCUACGCAGGUGCUUUGGGGGCAUGUGUAAUAGUAGUGUCUUUCCUCUAAGUCACAAAAAUACAUUUUAGUUUUAAAAUCCUGUUGUAGGAAUGGCAUUUAUACAUUAAAAAACCCUUUUACAGGACAGUUGAAAGAGGCAAGAGGAAAUAAGGGCAGUUCCAGAGGGGUGGCAGUACCUGGCGGCCAGCAGUACUGACUGCAUUUGUCUAAGCUGCACCUUGUGCGUUGCUCCUCCGCCCUGGGCUCCCUGCCACGUCACUGCUACCCUGUGGCUUGUGCUGACACUGACCUGAGGGUAGCCAGCACUGAGCAGAGGUCCGCAGCUUCAGCGACUCUCCCGGGAGCCAACUUCUAUUCUCUUCCUCCCAGUCCGAACUUUAUUUAGUAACUUAGAUCGUUGCAGUGCAAAUGUAGGUAGCUGCCCCAGCAGGUUCGGUUACGGGCCUGGGCUGGAACAUCGUCUCCGCUGGCCACCUUCUUGGCAGGCUGUAGAAGAUCUGAUAUUUCGGGACAAGCCUAGAGGCAGGAGCGGGGACUUUGACUCUUCUCUCCUAAUUUAGGAAGAGCACACAUGAGGGCAAGGCUGCUGGCAGACUUUUCCAUUGUCCUUAUGUUGUCUGUGUUGUAUUUUUUUAUUGACCGUGGUGAUUGUUUUUUUAAUCGUUAAUGUAUUGGAAUGAGCUGUCACAUGUAGCUCGCGCUUGGUUUUUGUUUUUCUCCACCUCCCCUUGAUGUCCUAGGGUUUGGAUAUAUUUCAGAGCUAAAUGUUUUAACUCAAACCACAUUAGGUGGCUUUCUUUUAAGUAGCGUGUGCGUGUCCUGCAUAUAUGUGAGGAGGCUGGGGAGAAGGCAGAUGCGAUUCCAUCCUCAGCCCCAAGCUGCCCUCACCGAGGCUCCGUAGCAGCUUCCUCCGGGCUAGCACGCACAUCAGGCCACUCUACACCAUUCUUAGGAGGAGGGUUCUGCAGAUGGCCCAUGGGACUAUUUUCCAAGGGGUCACCAGGAGCAGGAGAGGGCCUGGGUUUUGUUCUGGACCCUAUAUCUUAUUGUAUGACUUUGAGUGGCAGAGUUGUUUUCCCAAAAGUUACAUGAGGUCCCCACAUUUGAAGAAAACCUCAACACAGCUAAGUUGUGCCAUCUUUCUGUGUGACAUAAAUGGUCCCUUCUAGAACCCCUUGAAGUUACAGCCUUCACAAUGUAUAUCACCCUUUUAAGGAGUCAUCAGCUACUUCUCAGUGGGGUGGGCAGGCAGAAACAUACACAAGAGGACAUGGAUGAAACAGGAUGAAGCAUCCCCGACGGAAGGCUGUCUGUCAGCAGGGAAAUGAUAUACUGGCAACUUUUCAGAAACACAGCUGAAACACAGCUAUCACAAAAAAACUCACCUAUUGUGUAAACUGGAUUGAGAAAUUGAUUUUUUUUUUAAUGCUGAAGUAAUGUACACAUUCUAGCAUUCUGGUGUUUUUAUAUUUAUGUAAUAAUUUCUUAAAACCAUUUAAGACUGGUAACUAUUUAAUUUUUUGAAGAAAGUUGGAAAGGUCUUUCCUCCCAAGGACAGUGGCUGGGAGGAGCUGGGGCACAGCCAGCUCUGAAUGGUGGUGGAGGGUGCAGCUGACUUCCUGGCUCAGCAUCCAGAAGGCCCAACCCAGGCUGGCCGACCAAGGGGCAGCAUGCAAAACCAGGCAGCUGCGAGUCAGACGGAGGCCCUUCCCCCGGCUCCUUGGGAGCGGGCCCUCCGCCUUCCAGGGCUGAGCGGUGCUCAGAGCGUAGAGCCCCAGCCUGCCUCCAGGGGGCCGCCCCUCACCCGCUGUGGCCUCUGGGUGUCUGCAUCGGGGACAAGAUGUGCAGGCUGCUGAUGACCUUCACUCCUCAGCUAGCCUGACCUUUUCAUACCUUUGUAAAAAGCAUGUAUGUAUUUAUAGUGUUCUAGAAAUUUUUCUAACUUUUGUAUCUUAAGAGCAGAGCACCCGUCUAAGCAUUGUACCCCUAUUGUUUAAGAUUUGUGUCCUCUCUCUCCCUUGUAAGUGCCCUUCUAAUAAACUUUCCAGUGAAAAGCU